AUGCAGUUCACCUUCAGCGGCAGCCUCCAAGAGUUGCAGAGCGCAGUCAUCGCGGCGUUGGCGCAGCAGCUGCAGGUCGCCAGCUCUUCGAUCUAUGUGCAGGUGGUGGUUCCCCCCACGGGCCGGCGGCUCGCUGCCGGUGUUUGGUCGGUGGACUAUGUGGUGGUGCUGUCAGCGGAUGAGGCAUCCUUUGCCCUCCAGACCUUAGAAGCUGUGCGAAGCGACAGCAGUGGCUUCAGGACCUUGCUGGUCGCCCAGCUCUUAGCUGCCGGCGCAUCGAGCGAUGUGGUGUCGUCCCUGGUCAUCACCGACAUCGGCCCGGCCUCGCUUCGACUGGUGGCGCCAGAUGUCGCGCUGCCGUCGCUGCUGCCGUCGCUGCCCAACGCCACAAGGGCGGCGGGCAACAGCACGGAGGACACCGAAAAAUGGCAGGUGAAGAUUUCAGAAGUUCAUCCGAAGGGAGAUUGA